UUCCGCGUCUCCUUGGCUUUAGAUUGUUUGGGCGCGAAUAACUCUGUGCCGGGCUCCCAGAAGGGUUCAGGAGGAAUCAGCGGUGAGUUGUGAAGCCGCUUAAACCGCAGGAUUAAGAUGCCUGGUAAAGCAAGUGCUUCCAAGAAAAAGUCUGAACAGUUACUAAGAAAUCCAAAAAGAAAAAUUGAUGAUGAUGAAAUGAAGUUGUCGGAGAAAGAGAUGAGAAACACAGUGAAAAGAAAUAAAAAUCAUCCAAAGCGUCUGUCUUCUGAAGGACAAACAAAGGAUACUAAUCUAAAACUGGUGAAGAUAGCACCCAACAAGAGGAAAACCUGGCAACCUCUUUCAAAGAGUAGCAGAGAGCAUUUGCAAGCUGUGAUGGAAUCAGCAAUAAUACCAAUUUUAAUUAAGAGUAUUAGAGAACAAGAACAAAUUCAAUAUCAUCUUAACUUCCUGAAGAAAAGAUUGCUACAACUGUGUGAAACCCUAAAAGUCCCUCCCAAAAAGCUGAAAGAUUUAGCUAAUGUGUCAAGUUUACUGAAAAUGGAAAGUGCACAGAACAGAGCUAAUGAAGAAGGUCUGGCAUCGUUGCAGGUAUGA